UUUGAAACUCGGCCCAAAAUGGCGGCGGCGGCUGCGGGCGGGAGCGGCGCUGAGGCGGCGGCGGCGGCCAGGCUGGAGGGGGCGGAGGGAGAGGAGGAGACGGCGGCCGCGUCGGAGGAGGAGGGCGAGGGGAAAGGCGAAAAAGGCGGCAGCGAAGCCGGCAAGGCGAAGGCGGCGGGCGGUGAGAGCGAGGAGGACGAGGAGGACGUGUUCGAGGUGGAGAAGAUCCUGGCUGAGAAGAGCGAGGGGGGUAUAAGUCUCUAUAAAGUACGGUGGAAAGGAUACACCUCUGAUGAUGAUACCUGGGAACCAGAGGCUCAUUUGGAAGACUGCAAAGAAGUGCUGCUUGAAUUCAGAAAAAAAAAUGCGGACAAUAAGUCUAGACCUGUUAAAAAAGACAUACAGAAACUGUCUCUAAAUGAUGAUGUAUUUGAAGCAGAAUCUGACAGUGACUGGCAAAGUGAAACAAAAGAUGAUAUUUCACCGAAGAAGAAAAAGAAGAAGUCAAAAGAUGGAGAGGAUAGAAGUCCAGAUGAUCCGAAGAAGAAGAAGUCCAAGUCUGCAAAACUCAAAGAAAAACCCAGAACAGAAUGUGAAAAUUCCUCAGAUGCUUUGGUUUCAGAUUCAAAACCAAAAAAAAGGAGUUCUGAAAGCAGGGAGGAUUCAACGGAUACAAAGAAGCAAAGGAAAGAAGAUACUAAAGAAAUCAAGAAAAAGAAGGGAGAAGUUAAAGAUUUAAAAAUCAAAUCUAAAGAAGAUUCUAAAGAAAAUCAAAAGUCACGGAAGGAGAAGCAUGGAGAUGUUCUGUUUGACUCAGAAUCCAGUACUCCAGAUGAUGUAUUUUCUCAAGGAACUGAUAAUGAAAAUUCAGACUUAAAUUCUGAAAGUAAAGACAAGAAGGAAAAGAUAGUAAGUGGAGAAGAGAGAUUGGAACAAGAAGUUGCUGAAAAAGAUUCUGCUGCUGACAGGCAUCUUGAUGAAUCAGCAGGUAAUGAAGAUGAUAAUAUUGAUAUUAAAAGAAAGAAGAAGAAAGUUCAGAAAGCUGAGGAAUAUAAAGAGGAAGGUAGAAAAGUGGAAACUCCGGAUACCUAUUUAGAGAAGAAGAGCUUGCACAAAAGGCAAAAAGGUCAAGACAAAGUGAAAAUGGUACCAGGAGAGUUGGAGAAGGUGUCACCUACUCAGUCACCAGUGCAGAAGGGUUUGAAACUGAGUGCUGAUGAAAGAGGACGUAAGUCCACCGAUUCGGCUGGGGAGGAGAAAGAAGUAAAGAAAACUGAAACAAAAGAAAAAUCUCAGAAAAGAGAGUCAGAAAAAGAAGAAAAGAGCAGGAAAGAACAAAAGGGCUUAAAAAGCUUUAAAGACAUCAAAAGCCCGUUUGACUUGUUUAAUGUAGCUUUGGAAGAAAAAAGUGAGUCUGAGAAUAACUACAAAAGAGAAGAAUCUUCGCUAGAAUAUAAAUUCAUAGAAGACGUAAAAUCAAAAGACAGCAAGGUGUACAAGGAAAGGAGGAACAUAAGAGAUGAAAGAGACACGUGGACAUGCAUUGCUGCAGAAGAUGGCAAGCAGCAAGUUUUGAGUUUGGGUAUGGACAUGCAGUUAGAAUGGCUGACGCUAGAAGACUUUCAGAAGCAUCUUGAUGGAGAAGAUGAGAAUCAUGUGUCAACAGAACCAAUAUCAAGCUCUCUUCUGAGGGAUGCUGUUAAAAGUGGAGAUUAUAUGACAGUAAAGAUGGCACUUUCUUCAAACAAGGAAUAUGAUCUGGAUGAAGAGGACUCAAGUGGAAUGACGCUGGUAAUGCUUGCUGCUGCUGGUGGGCACGAUGACCUUCUCCGGGUCCUAAUCAGGAAAGGAGCUAAAGUUAAUGGUAGACAGAAAAAUGGAACAACUGCACUGAUACACGCAGCUGAAAAGAACUUUCUAACAACAGUGGCUAUCCUUCUGGAAGCUGGGGCGUAUGUGAACAUGCAGCAGAGCAAUGGUGAAACUGCUCUGAUGAAGGCCUGCAAAAGAGGGAAUUCUGAUAUAGUGCGGCUUAUGAUUGAAAACGGAGCAGACUGUAACAUUUUGUCAAAGCAUCAGAACAGUGCGCUGCAUUUUGCUAAACAGUGUAAUAACGUACUGGUGUUCGAGCAGCUCAAGAGUCAUUUGGAAACGCUCACAAGAGUAGCAGAAGGUACCAUCAGGGAUUAUUUUGAAGCUCGUCUUGUUUUGCUGGAGCCCGUCUUUCCAAUUGCGUGUCAUCGUCUCUGCGAAGGACCGGACUUCUCUUUGGAUUUUAACUAUAAACCCCCACAAAAUGUGCCAGAAGGAUCUGGAAUUCUUCUCUUUGUUUUCCAUGCAAAUUUCUGUGGUAAAGACGUUGUUGCUCGGCUCUGCGGACCAUGCAGCGUACAAGCUGUGGUUUUAAAUGACAAAUUCCAGCUCCCUGUAUUUUUGGAUAGUCACUUUAUUUAUUCCUUCAGCCCUACUGCAGGCCUUAACAAGCUUUUUAUACGGUUGGCAGAAGCUCCUGCUGCCAAGGUGAAGCUGCUGAUCGGCGCCUACCGAGUGCAGCUGCAGUGACCUCACAGCGUGCUGAGCAGACUGAUGCUUUUUUGGAUAAACUUCUGAUUCUUUAGAGACUGACAAAGCAGUUUGGAACUUUUUUUGGCACCACCCUCUUAAGACUGAGUUGCCACCUCGCUGUCACUCACUGGCAAUCCCAUAGGAAUAUGUGUUGGAGAGCAGUUGGAUGCACUGCCCUGGUGGGGACAGGGUUGCCAGUUGUUUUUUUACUUUGUACAGCUCUAGAUGUAAGUAUUUGUGCCAAUACACAUAAUUCUGGUUUUCUUUAGCUCAUGGAGUCCAGACUGCGUAUCUCAGCUUUUCCACAAUGUGGAAUGGUGCACAUAAGAACUAUUUAAGGUAAUAUGUGAAAUGUCUUUUUUGAUAGAAAGAUCUUUUUCAUUUGUAAACUAGAAUUUUCUAUUCCUCUAAUGUUUCUAUGUAAUACACAGAACUGUCGCUCUUGGAGCCGUGGGCAGAAAUUACACUUUGAAGUCACUGCAUUGGAUCUAGCUUUGAAUUGCUGAGGCUGUGUUCCGGCUGUUGUCUCCUGAGGAGAAAGCAGUUAUGCUUAGAGUUUAUUCCCCUUGAACUCACAGUUAGGGCUGGAGGUGUGAACAAAGACACCUGGACGGGAUGGAGGCCCCCAGUCAGAUUCCCAGUGCUGUCAGUGUUUUAACACUGCUUUUGUUUCGAUAGUUCCACAAAGUUCCCAGUUAAGUGGCCCAGCGACCUUGAAAACUUGCUACCUUAAUUGUGCAGGUGCUGCUUUUUGUAAUCAAGAAGAUGGGCAGAGAGAACUUCAGAGUUUCUCAGCUUGACAGAUAAGAACAUAGAUUACCCUUUAAUUUAGUUCCUUGUGUGCAAAGAGCUGCUAUCUUUGUUUUUUUUUAUUUAAAUGACCCAUUUUAUCAGAUGACAGCAGUUCUGAAAGGGUCCUGUGCUAUGGAAUACAAAUGUAAUACUUCUGUAUGAAGUACCGAAUAUUUUCUUUGUAAACUAACCCUGAAAAGGGGAAAAAAAACCAAAAAAACCAAAAAAAACCACAAAACCCAAAAACCCACACAAAAAAAAAAAAGCAAAAGAAAAAAAGCCCUUCCUGCUGGUGCCUUUGCUGUUCCGGUUGCCAGGUGUCGUUUACACACCACGAUGUGCCUCUCUCAUAACUGCUGUGGAUGAAUUCUUAAUGUAUUUUGAGCGCUAACCAUCAAAACAGCAUGGAUGAGUUAAGUAGCGUUUUAAGAACUGUGACUUUUUAACAUCAAAUUCUGUUACCCAGUUUUGAAUUUUUGGUUUUGGAAAGUUUAAAGAACUUCCAUGUGUGAGAGACACCAAGUGAGGAACAAAGCACUAUUUCAGUUUUGUGGAAUGUCACAUUAAGUUCUAGAAGUGACGUACAAGUUGGCUUUAGUGUGGUUGCCUGACUUUUUGCAAACAGUAUUGAUAGGAUGUUUAGCAAGUCUGGGGUUUGGGCAGACUUGGCAGCUGCCCCUCUCUGAAAGGUGUUCAAUACCUCAUUUUGCUACGCGUGAACACCUGAAAUGCAUGAAAGGCCCGAGGUGAGAAUUGGGUUUGGUGAUACCGGCCCUUCAGGCUUCAUGUGGCUGCACUUCUUAGUGUGUAACCUGGAAGCUGAAUUAAGGUGGGAGUCCAAGUGUUUGUGCUUCCUUCUGUUGGAGCAAGUUUCCAGGUACACGAAGAGUCUUUCCCCAGUUACUCCUGCAUUGGACCAGCAGCAGCCCAGGGUGUGUGGUGAGCUCCGAAUAGCACAGCAGCAGUCAGUGUUUGAGAGGUUCACAGUGGGGACAAGAGUUUUUUUGAGCAGAAGGCCAUAUAAUAGAGAUGCUAUUUAGAAACUGUUGUGCAGUCCAACCUCAGUGUCUGGUGAUGGUCCAGGAGCUGGCAUAGCAGUAGUUUUGUCAAAGGCAGCAGGUUUGGGGGGAUUUGGUUUGGAGUUUAGGGGAUUUG